GAGACGAGCCGGAGGGGCGGGAUAGGAGGAUCGGCGCCGCUUCUUCAUGCACCUGGCCGGGGAUCCCCCAGCGGGGAGAAAUAGGUGGCGGCAAAGGCGACGAGGGAGCAGAGCUGGCGGUGAUCGGCUACGACUAGGAGCGAAAAAGAUGCCCGCGGUUGCGCAUGCCGUUCGGGUUGGCUCAAACGGUCCUCGGGCCGUCGCCCUGUGGGGGCCUGUGGCGAGGCAGCCUGCCUGUCGUCCUUAGCGGCGCCCAGAUCGAGAGGGUUCGCGCCCCCAGGACUGCAUGCCUGCUCGGUGCCCCGCGCUCCGCCAUGGGGAGUCCCUUCUGGCACCUCGUGUUGCUGGGCUGCUCUGCAGGAUUGAAUAGUAUUCUUGGAACUGUGUCUCACUGUGAGAAGGCAUGCAAUCCUCAAAUGGGAAACCUGGGCCAUGGACGUAAAUUGUGGACAGAUACAACAUGUGGAUACAACUCCACAGAAUUAUACUGUUCUUACAGUGAAAAUGCAGACCUCCUAUGCAAGCGGCCUAAGUGUAGCAAAUGCAACUCUAUGAAUAUACAUCUGGCUCAUCCUCCUUCUGCUAUGGUUGAUUCAUCUUUUAGAUUACCACACACAUGGUGGCAAUCAGCACAAGGAAUACAAAGGGAGAAGAUCCAGCUCAAUUUGGAAGCUGAAUUUUAUUUCACUCAUUUGAUCAUGAUAUUCAAGUCACCAAGACCAGCAGCCAUGGUCCUAGAGCGAUCUCAGGAUUUUGGAAAAACUUGGAAACCUUAUAAGUAUUUUUCCAUCAACUGCUCAGCAGCCUUUGGGUUGGAUGAUGACGUAACUAAGAAAGAGGCACUUUGCACUUCAAGAUACUCCAGCCAUUUCCCCUGCACUGGAGGAGAGGUUAUAUAUCGAGCUCUGUCACCUCCGAACUCUGCUGAUGACCCUUACAGUCUUAAAAUUCAGGCACAGUUGAAAAUCACAAACCUUCGAGUACAACUGCUUAAGCGACAAUCCUGCCCAUGUCAUAGCAAUGAUCUGAAUGCAAACCCACCACAGCUAACUUACUACGCAAUCUAUGAUUUUAUUGUGAAGGGGAGCUGUUUUUGCAAUGGACAUGCAGAUCGCUGUGCACCUCUUAAAGGUUUUAAGCCUGUCAAAGCAGCAGGAGUCUUCCACGUGGUCCAUGGGAGAUGUAUUUGCAAACAUAAUACUGCAGGAACUCAUUGCCAACAUUGUGCCCCUCUUUACAAUGACCAACCAUGGCUUGCUGCAAAUGGCCGAACAGGAGCUCCAAAUGGAUGCAAAUCUUGUAAAUGCAAUGGGCAUUCUGACACUUGUCACUUUGAUAUGGACACAUGGCUGGCAUCAGGGAACCAAAGUGGGGGCAUUUGUGACAACUGUCAACAUAAUACUGAAGGACAGCACUGUGAACGUUGCAAGCCAGGCUAUUAUCGAGAUCUUAGAAAGCCUUUUUCUGCUCCUGACAUCUGCAAAUUGUGCUCUUGCAACCCCAUUGGAUCAGCCAUGCUUCCUUUUAGCAACAGCACUUUCUGUGACCCUAGCAAUGGUGAUUGUCCCUGCAAACCUGGAGUGGCUGGUCCUCAGUGUGAUCGGUGUAUGGUAGGAUACUGGGGAUUUGGACAUUAUGGCUGUCGACCAUGUGAUUGUGCAGGAAGUUGUGAUUCGAUCAAUGGAGACUGCAUUAACAGCAAUGCAGACAUAGAAUGGUACCAUGAAAUCCCUGGUCUCUAUGCUGUACAUAACAAGAGUGAAGUUGCUUGGGAGUGGGAGGAAGAACAAGGAUACUCUGCUCUUCGACAUUCAGGCAAGUGUGAAUGUAAAGACCAAGUUCUGCAAAAUUUUAAGAUCUUUUGUGCCAUGAAAUAUACAUAUGUGGUAAAGGCAAAGAUUUUAUCUGCUCAUGAUAAAGGGUCUCAUGCUGAAGUCAAUGUGAUGAUCCAGAAAGUACUGAAAUCUACAAAACUGAAGAUUUCCCAAGGAAAACGGAUCCUUUACCCAGAAUCAUGGACUAACAGAGGUUGUACCUGCCCAAUACUUAAUCCUGGAUUGAAAUAUCUUGUGGCAGGAUAUGAAGAUGUUCAUACAAGCAGACUGAUAGUCAAUAUGAAAAGCUUUGUUCAUCAGUGGAAAUCAGCUCUGAGGAAAAAGAUCUUACAGGUUUUUAAAAAAUGUGUCUGAAAGGACAUUUGUUUAUGCAUAAAAACAUAUGUGUAAAACUUUAUGAACAACCUCUUAGAUUAAAACUGGAAUGUGAGGGAACAGUGCCAAAUGUAGUAUAAAAAGAACUUUAAUUCAUAGGCCGUUCACCUUGACUCAAAACACCCCAUUUCAGAUUGCAGAAAUAGUUGAGCUUUCUUACACAAUCCCCUUUUUCUAUGCAGUAGGCUGAGAAGUAUGAACUAAAUGUAACAAUCUACAAGUGAGUAAUAAGGUAUACAUCCACAUCUGCAUUCCUGCAGCUCUAGCAUUUUCAUUUUAUUAACAAUCAUCAGUUUCACAAAGCAUUUUGUGAACAGAAUUUCCUCACAGUUUUUUCUCUGGACUGGACCAAGAUACUUAAAAAUAAAACCCAUUAAUUUGGCAGAAUUUGCUUUGUCAUUACUUCCUUAAAGUUCUCAUAUAGAUUUAAUAUCCAAUUUAAAUGUUUUAUUUAAGUUGCACAGAAAUGUAUGGAUAAUCUAAAAGUUGAAGCUUUCAUUUUCUUCUUUGGAAAUAUGUAUAUACACUUGCGAUGGAUUGUACUGUUGUAAUGAACGAGAUUAACUGAAUAUUACAUUAGUUAGUGUAUUGCAAUCAUAAAGGGGAAUUUGGUUAGGUUUAUAUUCAGGUUUCUGUAGAUAUAAAUGGAAAUGACCAAUGUAUUAAUGAUCAAAUUUAUAAAAGUAGUGCAUAGAAUCUUCACUGAAAUAUAAAAGAAUGCUGACUCAAAUUGGUUAAAUCAAUGGCUUUUGGGGGAUUGUGCGGGAUGUUGCAGUCAUGAGCACUUAAAACAAGUAAUAAAAAUGGAAUCUAUCCCUUUAGUAGAAUUUUGACUUCAAAUAUUUUAUAUAUAAAGCACUUUAUUGCCUUCCCCUUUCCAGUGUGAGCAAUCUAAUUUUGGGGAACAGGGACAGCAUAGGAGAAAGGAUGAGGGAACAGAAUCUUGCUAAACCUACUAGGAUAAUUGCUUUCCUUAAAGCAUAGCAAAAGCCAUUCAGAAAAACUAAAGAUAACUUGUGAAAAAGAAUAUAUUGUAUUUACAGUGGAGCACCAACUUCAAAAUAAUAAUUUUAUUUGCUUGGUAUCAGUUAUGAUAAGAGUAAACAUAAAAAAAACCAAUGGAAGUUUAUGAAAAGUGUGAUGAACUUUCCUAGCACAAUGCUGGCCUUAGUUUUUAGUUUUGUAAUAUUUAGAUUUCAACUGUUUUCUUAAAUUGUCAUCUUCUGCUUCUACAUAUGGUGUACAUACUCUUCCAAAAUUGCAUAUAUUUUAUAUAUCUCGAACUUCAUCACUGGUAUCUACAUUGUUCUAUUAACACAAACAUAAGCACCAAAAUAUCCUAUUUAUAUGAACAUACAAAAAAUAAAGGCAAAGGCACCAUACAAUGU